AUGUCUCGAGGCGGAGGUGUUAGAAGGCCUUCUUCUAUUUCCUCGCCAUCCCAAAUGGAAAAUAAUCCUAAUAUACCUGCUCCUCCCCCCUCGGCCACCUUUCCCCUCCCUUCCCCUACCUCUGCUUCCGUUCUUGUCUCUAAUCCUUCAAACGUUCCACCGGUUCCUUCUCAGCCAUCAUCGUCGUCGUCCUCACAGUUGCCCUUCACGUCCCAUAAUCAUCAAUCUCCAAACACCCCCUUGGCAUCAACAGACCUUACUUAUACCAACGGACAGGCUUGGAAUCCGAUUAAUCCUCCUCUGUUAACUACAAGUUCCAUUGGCGAGGAAGGCACCGAAUAUCCUUUCCGUCAUUCACCUUCGGAGCCCAGCACCCCAUUGCAUAGGAGACCUGUAGAGUACACGGCUUCGACUGUAUCCGCCAAUAGUGCGCCUCCCCGCUCGCCUGCAAUCUCUCAGGCCUUCAAACCCAAAAUACCGAAUUCUUCGACCUCGCAACAUAGCCGACGCUCUAGUCACGGCCGUUCUUCGUUAGGGAAGGUCAAAGCAAUCUUGAAGUUACCUUUCAUCCGGAGGGCUUCGUCCCCGAAUACCACUCCGACAGUACCAAGACACCCGGAAACACCUUUGGAUAUACAGUCACCCGGUGCCAGAUCGUCUCAUAUUGGGCCUCCAGUAGGUGACUCUACGGAAGACAAUAUGAGAAAUACGCCCGGCAGUCCGAGCAGCCGUACGUCUCUCCUCAACAGGAGAAUGCAGAGGAAUGGUGGGAGUGUAAGUGGAGAUAUGCAACCGGAGAAUAUGUGGCCCCAGCCCUCAGCUUUGAACCCGUCAGAUAUACAUUCGAGUGUAUCCUCGAUACCACCCGUCAUGCUUACACCUCCGGAGGAUGCAAAACAUGUCAUCUGGCAGCCUCUCCCUUCGACAAGUCAAUCGGCUCCCCGUCAAGUCAUGACCAAGCCGAAUUCGUUAUCACAACAACCCUAUUCAUCACCAUCUCAGUCCGGAGCGGACAGCACCGAUAGUAAGGGCGAAUCAGCACAGAGGUCUGCUCACUCAACCGAAAGCCCGACUGCCGAUGUUUUGGCAUCCGUUCUAUCGAACGGCCUCGAAUCGGGCGAGGAGUGGCUCAAAGACGCCUUGAAAGUUAUGCUCUUAUCACAUCCCCCGGAUUUCAGGCCGACAAUAGAAGCUGUCAGGCUUAUCUCUCAUGCUUUACCAUGCCCACUACCGCCGAACAGAACACCCGGCGAGCAUACCUUCUCAAGCCAGUCGGACUCAGGGGUACUGCCUGAAUCUGCAUCUGCAGCCCAAGGUGUUGCUGCUGCUGCUGGCUAUUUUAUGCUUCCAUUCACUCAAUCGAGAGUAGUCAAUGGUUUGCAUUGUGCAGAAGAUGAAGGGACUACCACCGCUUUGAAUGCGAUAACCACAGCGAUUCAGAAAGUACAUGGCAAUGACACAAAAAGGGUUUAUAUCCAUGUCUCUCAUGCCAUAUCGUCUAACCCUUCAGCACCUAAACUUCAAUCUACGAAUUUGACGGGAUCUAGCGUUAACAGCGCUGCCACUAGUGCGGGCAGCUUAGUUCCAUCGGCUUUCCUGACAUCUCCGCCACACGAGAGGGAUUUCUUCUCGUCUACCGUUUUUAACAGUAUCGUCAUGGCCCAGGAUCCGAUAUCUUACGCCGUUCCACCCGGGUUCCCGGCCCCUGUACUCCACCGACCUGCUCCGAAUCCUGCUCUACCUCCAUUUUCACUCCAUUUUUCUCUCCUUGAGCGAUAUAUACCACCUGCGACACCUACAGCUGAUUCUGCGAUGUUUUCGCCUUUUUCUUCGGUUCUCUUGGAUCGUGUUGCUGAGUUAUCACCAUGCGGCGGAAACCUUCUAUUCGUAUACCCGACAAAGACCGGUGCUCGACAAUUCUUGGAUAGAUAUCUUGGGAAGGUCUUAGAUCCAUUGUUACGACGACUCAUGGUCCUACAUCGACUUCGAGCGGAUCUGCUCUGGGACAUUAGCCGGAUGGUAGCUGUCGAAACUAUGCAAGAAUUUGAUGAUUUGAAGGAACGGCUGGAACACUUUUGCCGUCGACUGUCAGAAAAAGCCAAGGAUGAUGGGGUGGAAGACAAGAGAUUUUGUGGGCCGAGUUACUUCUUCCCGAGUGUUUCCGUAGUCCACGCGCAGAAGGUCAACAUCUCACUGAGUCAGUCUUCAUGGAGGGAGUGGUGGACAUUCCAGGAAUCCAACCGAAUCAGAGAAAUCGUCAAAGGUCAUUUCACAGCGCCACCUCAAGACACACCACAAACUCUCCUUAGUGAAUCCCAAGGAGCAGCUGAAGCUGCAGCAGGUUCGCUUUCUACGGCGGUUUACAACGGACCAGUAGAUCUGGCCAGAGAGAUCCUCGAUGGAGUUAAGGCAUUGGCUAUCCGGCCUAGUAGCCGCGGAAUGGGUGAGGCUGUUUUCGCUAGUUCGAUGGUAGGCCCGACCUCUAGUUGGGGGAUCAUUGGCGAAGCCGGUAGUCCCAAUCACACCCACAAGAGCAGGCGCCAACAGGAACCGGAGACCAUUGAAGUUGGUGUCUUCGUUCUCCGACGGCACGGUUAG